AUGUUAUUUACUGACAGUCUUCGAUUUUCCUUUCAGACAACCAUAAAGGUGUACGCCAAUUGUCUUCGACCGGACAUCGAGUACAAGACGCUGUGCAUCACGUAUGAAACGACUUGUCGUGAGAUCAUUCAGAACUUAUUGAACAAGUAUCGCAUGAGGCACCGUGAUCCCAGGCUGUACUACCUCACCAUGGAGGUCACCGUGAGAAGACCAAACGUGAGGACAGUUCUCCCUCUGGACGAGGACGCAAGGCCUGCCGUUUUGCAAUCGUGUCAUCCUCGUGGCGAUUCCAGUCAAAGUACAAGAGUCUACUAGUCUCGGAGCAGACGACCGUGGACGAGCUGAUCCAGAUGUUGUUGAGCUGCUACAGUUCCAAAGAACGCGUCGAGCAAUUCUCUCUGUACGAAGUGUGCGAAGGCGAGGAGUAUCAAAGGAAGUUGCAUCCUGACGACUUGCCCCUUAAGGUCACGCAACGGUGGACAAGCGCCGAUCGCCAUCUUCGUAUACGACGCAAUCCUGACUACAAUCCUCACAGAAGAAAAAGCAUGUGGGCGUCAGACUCGAGCAUCAGCAUGGCGAUGUCAAGACUGAACCUCCACGGCACCCAUCAGCCCCAUUACAACCCAGGUAACGACAACAACAAUCACUUGUCGUUGUACCAGCACAAAGAUACCAGCUCGAUCAACAACAACAAUAUCCACAAGAUCGAUCAGCAUCACCUUUCCCUCGGCUCUCUGAGUCAGCAGGCAAGAAUCGUGGUGCCCCAUGCGACACAGUUGCCGCAGUUGCAAAUCCCUCGGGUGCAACAGUUGCCUCAGAGCGUCCCGUCGACGCCAAUCUCGUCGAAACACAUCACAGCGUCCUCCUACGCGGACUACGAAAAUUAUUUGUUCAUAUGA